GACACCACACUACCAUGAAAGUACCUUCUGUGCUCCUUCUCGCGCUCGCCGCUGGCCACGUCGCGGCGCUCGAUCGCAAGUUCUACGGCCUCAACUACGACGUCAAGCCGGCGUCGGGCAGCGGCUGCAAGCAACCGUGGCAGAUCCAGCGCGAAGUCGCGGCCUUCAAGGCGACGACCGACGCGAUCCGCGUGUACGCGACUGCGUGCACGUCCGACGUCCUCGACGCGGCAGCCAAGAACAACAUGAAGGUCUGGGUCGGUCUCUGGUCCGACUUGACGUACACGCACGCGUUCGACGGCGAGUUCAACAACCUCAAGCAGCUCGUGCAGAACAAGAAGAUCCGCAACGACAACGUCGCCGGCAUCCAGGUCGGCAGCGAGGUGCUCUACCGCUGGUACAUCCAGGGCAAGAAGGACACGGCCGACAAGACGGGUGUCAACUGGCUCAUCGAGCAAAUGAAGCGCGUCCGGGCGUACUUGCGUGACAACAAGAUCAACAUCCCCGUGACGGUCGCCGACGUCAUGGAUGGCUACAACCUCUUUCCCGAGCUGUACGAGGCGGUUGACGUUGUCUCGGUCAACCAGUUCUCCAUGUGGGAAAGCGUCAAGGCCGUUGACGGCAUCAGCACGCUCUUUGGUCACUGGGGCGAUGUGACCAAGCAGGCUAAGGCUGCGGGCAAGCCCGUCAUGAUCUCCGAGACGGGCUGGAGCGCCGGCGACGACAAGGACCUCGACUUUCUCGCCUUUGCCGAGAAGCAGAGCAUCAACUACUACUACUUCUCGGCCAUCGACCUCGUGCACGACGCCGACCUCAUCGAGAAGACGUUUGGCAUGUUUGAUGCGAACGCCAACAUGAAGCCCGACAUUGUGAACGUCCGCGUCGGCAGCAAGCCGAUCGCGACGCGCCUCUUCCACGGCGACAAGGUGCUCAAGGUCGACCCAGCCAACUGGAACGCGCUUCUUAUUGAAGCACCGGCGUCCGGUCUCGGCAAGAACCUUGACAACGAGCUCUGGUUCUACCAGCCCGACUCGCAGACGUACUACUCUAAGAGCUCCAACCAGUGCUUGGACGCGUACGGCGACAACAACAACGCGCUCAGCGUCCAUGUCUAUGCGUGCUCGGCCGAGAACGCCAACCAAAAGUGGAAGAUGGCGGACGAUGGCCACCUCACCAACCUCCACCUCACCAACCUCAACGGCGCCAACCAGUGCAUGGACGUCGACCCGACGCAGCAGGACAAGGUCGCCAUGUGGUGGUGCUACGACGGCCCCAACCAAAAGUUUGCGGCGCGCCCGGUCGCGGCCGAGGCCAUCACGCUCGGGAAGAGCCAGACGUUCCUCUACGAAUGGUACAGCGACGUGAUGGCGACCUCGGACGUCAAGUACAAGGACAACACGCUCUGGUUCUACGACCCGCUCAACCAGACGCUCAAGUCGAAGAGCUCGGGCAAGUGCCUCGACGCCUACCAGACCGAGAACGACGUGGCCGUCCACGUGUACGACUGCGACAACAACAACGCCAACCAAAAGUGGCAGUACAACGACGUGACGGGCCAGUGGAUGCACGCGUCCAAGCUCGGCCUCUGCCUCGACACGCUCGCGGACGGCAAGACGCACCUCGACUACUGCAACAAGUCCAAGGCGUCGCAGCAGUGGCCCAUGGGCCUCGCCGCCAACUAAGUUCUCGUUUUGGGACGAUCUGGUCGCACUACACUAUUAUAAAAGCGUAAAGAAUUACAACUCG